CGGCAGCCCGAGGAACCAGGCUGGUCCGCUGCCGGGUCACGGGCUUGUAAUGGCGGCGGAGACCGGGCCCUCGUCUGUCGCUAGACGCUUAGUGGAGACUGAGCCGACAGAGGAAGAUGAGGCCCUGGAUGAUGCUGAGCCGUCAGAUGAAGUGGAACACUCAGACAAAGGUGGCCCUUCAGACGGAGGUGGCCCUCCAGACGGAGCGGGACCCUCAGACGGAGCGGGACCCUCAGACGGAGCUGGACCCUCAGACGGAGCUGGGCCCUCAGACGGAGCUGGACCCUCAGACGGAGCUGGACCCUCAGGCGGAGCUGGGCCUUCAGACGGAGCUGGAUCCUCAGAUGGACCGGGGCCCUCAGACGGACCUGUACGCUCAGGUGGAGCUGAAUCCCCAGAUGGACCUGGGCCCUCAGACGGUCCUGUACGCUCAGAUGGAGCUUGGCCCUCAGACGGACCUGUACGCUCAGCUGGAACUGGGCCCUCAGACGGACCUGUAUGCUCAGAUGGAGCUGGAUCCUCAGACGGAACUGAACGAUCAAAUGGUGAGCGAUCGUGUGAAGCAAGAUAUUCAGCCGGGCCUGGAUCGUCAGAAGGAACUGGACCCUCAGAUGCAACUGUGCCACCAGAAGUCCUGCCCUCAGACGGAGCUGAACCAUCAGGCGAAGAAGGGGCCUCGGGCGGAGCCGGAGAUGCGCCCAGAAAUGCUCCAUCUGAUACAGCUGAACGCUCGGUCGCGUGUGGACCGUCAGGUGGAGCGAGAUUAAACGACCCGGAUUUUCCGAUGUCGCUUGAAGGCCCCUCCUUUCGAGAAAAGCUGACGAAUGCGGAGGUAGCUGUGACGUCACACGUGGCUGGGGAGGCGGCAGCCGAGUGUAACGAUCUGGACGGUGAGAACGCAGAGAUCGGACGAGCUUUUAUGUCUGUUGUUCUGCUUCGUUUCUGUUUGGAGUAUUUGCUUCGCCUCCAUCCGGAUCCCUCACACGUCCCCCAACCCACCAGCGAAGCACUGCCGGACGCGUCAAGUGGCGUCAGCCAGGCGCUUCCAGGACGGCUAGGUUGUUCGUCCAAGCCGAGUCACGCUGCAGGCACGGCGGAAGCCGGUCAUGGGACAGGAGCGUCGGAGCGAGACGAGAGCGUGAGGCCGAUUGAGUCGGGCUAUCAGACGAGGCCAUCCGACUCGGGAGGUCAGGGCAAAUCGUCUGGCCCGGGAGACCAAACGAGACCGAAUGAUGAGUCCGGGUACCA